AGCGAGAGAGAGAGAGAGAGAGAGGUGGGGUGAACUGUAUCGUUUAAAUAUGGGAAGUCAAGGCAGCAGUGAUGCACUGAAGCACCAAAGCAGUCAAGAUAAAGUGCCAGAUAAACUAAGUCCAGGAUGCAGAGAAAAAUGAUGAUCACGCAACUGCUCACAUUUCUUCAAAUAUUCAUCUUGUGAAUAAGAAGAGGAUAAAGCCCUCAAGGAGCCCACAAACGGCAGGUUAGAAAGUCAAAUAACCUUCUUGCCAAUCAGCAACAUGCCGGAGCUAAACUGCUCCCGUGCAGCUCUUUUCACAACUGGAGACCAAGUUUUCAGUGACAUAGGCUGCCCUGAGGUUGCUGUGGUGUGUGGGAUGAAUAUCUCCUGGGUGUUGGCUAAUGCUACAGAACAAGAUCUGGAUGACAUGUGCUUGAGCGAGGAGGAGUACCUGGCCAGGCACCUGGGGCCUCUGAGGUCCCCUGUGUUCCUUCCAGUCUGUCUGACCUACCUCACCAUCUUCAUGGUGGGCGUACUGGGCAAUUUCCUGACCUGUGCAGUGAUUUUGCGCUACCGGGUGAUGCAGACUCCCACCAACUACUAUCUGCUGAGCCUGGCUGUGUCUGACCUGCUGGUGCUGCUGCUGGGCAUGCCGUUAGAGCUCUACGAGUUGUGGCAGAACUACCCCUUUGUGCUCGGGGAGGGAGGCUGCUACUUCAAAACCUUCCUGUUUGAGACCGUCUGCUUCGCCUCCAUCCUCAACGUCACAGCGCUCAGCAUGGAGCGCUACUUGGCAGUGGUGCACCCCCUCAAAGUCAAAUACAUGACCACACAUGCUCAUGUCAAGAGGGUCAUCUUCAUUCUGUGGGUGCUGUCCAUGCUGUGUGCUGUGCCAAACACCAGUCUGCAUGGGAUUUCGGUGCUGCCUCCAAGGUUUGGACGACAGUUUCCCCGAUCUGCUAUCUGCUUUGUGGUCAAGUCCACCAGGAUAUACAACCAGAUCAUCCUGAUUUCCACGUUGGUCUUCUUCCUGCUCCCCAUGCUGAUGAUUAGCAUUCUCUACCUGCUCAUUGGCUUGCGGCUGCACAGGGAGAGGGUGAUGACCGUGGUGGACACCAGGUGUAGCUUCGGACCAGAAAGUCGCUCCAGGGCCAACAUGCAGAAGCUGAACAAACGCAACCUGCAAGUCACCAAAAUGCUGUGUGUGCUGGUGGGUAUGUUCGGCAUUUGCUGGGCUCCCUUCCACUUGGACCGCUUGAUAUGGAGCUACAUUGACGCCUCGUCUGAGCAGCACCUCAGGGUCUUCGAGCACGUCCACAUCGUCUCCGGAGUCUGCUUCUACCUGAGCUCUGCCAUCAACCCCAUCCUCUACAGCCUCAUGUCCACCAGGUUCAGAGAAAUGUUCAGUCACAUUACCUGUUAUUGUAACAGCCGGCCAACUCGCUCCAGAUUACAGAUGACCCAACGCAGCACCUUGAGCGAGACAAUGACCAACAGUACGAAAUGGACUUAGGCUCUUCUGAGCCAGUCUGGGUGAAAGGAAGUCCAAGAAUAUUAUACACAGAUGAGGGAGAAAUUAAAGGAAAAACUGAAUUUGAGUGGAGAAAUGCAACUAACACCUAUGGGAGGUUAGCUAAAUAAAUGUGAAUGUAAAAUGGCAGUAGCGCUCAGAGACUUAAAGAAUCUAUUCCAAGGAGCAGUGAAGCUGUUCUGAAGACUUGUGGUGUUCCACCACCUUACUAGGACACUUUAUGUUGGUUUUUCCUUUAAUUUGUUACCCAUUCGAACAUAUAAGUAGCCCAUAGAUCUUCAAAUGGGAAGGUCUUAGCCCCAAAUGGAAGGAUAUUACCCUCUAAGUGGUGGGGGAUGUCAGAUGAAGAUGACCAGACAUUACCCUGCAUGGAUAGAACCAUGUGAGCAAAGGCUACGUGACAAGCCUCAAAGGGCCAGUGUGUAACAUUUUGGAGGAGCUAUUGGCAGAAAUGGAAUGUAAUAUUUAUAAAAAUACAAUAAAGCACAGGAUCUGAUGCAGUGUUCUCUACUGUUUAAUAAAAGCAUGCAUGUUUUUCUCAG